AUGGAAGGCUUGAGCAAGAUGCUUGUAACAGCUGGACAACACAGGUGGAUUAAGGGUUUUAACCCCUGUAUCAGAAAUCAGGGGGAGCUGGAAAUCACUCAUCUUCUAUAUGCUGAUGAUUCUUUAAUCUUUUGCGAACCAGAAAGGGAGCAAAUUUAUCAUCUAAAACUGAUUCUUUUACUCUUCGAAGCAGUGUCCGGUCUCCAUAUAAACUUCGCAAAGAGUGUUAUUUAUCCGCUCAAUGAAAUACCCAACAUCAAGGAAGUUGCAGACAUCAUGGGCUGUAAAGUUGGAGUCUUUCUAGCUAAAUAUCUAGGCCUACCCCUCGGAUCCAAAGCAAAAGCUGUAACAAUAUGGAAUGAUAUAGUAGAACGCUGUGAAAAGAAAUUGUCUAGCUGGAAAAGGAAGUAUCUUUCCUUGGGAAGCAGAGUUGUUUUGAUCAAUAGCGUGCUCGACUCAUUACCCACCUACACUAUGUCCUAG